GCGCUUUAAAAGUCGAGCUCGGUUCCGCCUACUUGCAUAAUCCUUGGCCGCCGGACGCGUGUAACUUUCUCGUGUCGAGGUCACUUUACGACGGAACAAAGAAUGCCCGCAACUUGUAGCACGCGCGUCUCCAGUGCGAGUUGUCACUUGUGUCCGUGGUGCGCCCACCGUUGGCACCGUGCUCGUGGAAAAACAUGCCGACGGUGGCCCAGCUAACAAUCCCGGCGGCCGCCUUGGUGUGGCUGGCCGCUCAGCGACUGCCUUCACUGCUAUCCGCAGCCACCAACCUUAGCCUGGUGGUGCUGGCGCUGUACUCUGGAUACUGGUUGGUGUGGCACGCCCGCCGAGCACUUUUCAAUGGCCUGGUCGAUCCGAAAGGGAAGUGCGUUCUCAUCACGGGUUGUGACAGCGGCUUCGGUCACAUGCUGGCGAUGCAGCUGGCCAAGGAAGGAUACUUCGUUUUUGCGGGGUGCUUGGAUGAAAAUAGUGAUGGUGCCAAGGUUAUAAAGAACGCGGAGAACACCUUACUGCUGCAAAUGGACGUCACCAAGAAAGACGAAAUAAGUGAAGCGCUACGAGCCGUAGAAUGCCACUUGGAAGGAAGAGAGCUGUGGGCAGUUGUCGCCAACGCUGGAGUCGCCUGCUUGGGCUACAUUGAAUGGCAGCCUAUAAGCAGGGUGCGGUCAGUUUUCGACGUCAACACGUUUGGAGCACUGUCGGUUUCAACAGCCUUCCUGCCACUGCUAAAGAAAUCUCGGGGCCGGCUGGUCAUCGUGACAAGCUUAUUGGGUCGUAUGACCAUGCCCGAAUACCUGGCCUACUGCAUGUCCAAGUGUGCCUGCACUUCUCUGGCCGACGGCCUUCGUCAACAAUAUUUCAACAGGGGUCUUCGGGUCUGCAUGGUUGAGCCAGGAGCAUACAGAACAGCACUGGUGAACCACUCUCGGAUGGAAGAAGCGUUCGACCGCGACUUGGAGCUGCUUCCCGACAGAGUACGCAAAGACGUCAAUCAGAAAGUCGUCGCUUACUUCAAGCACACUGCCGAUGUCCUUCAUUCGUCCUUCAUGAGAGACGAGCUUCAGGAAGUGGUCGACGCGAUGAAGAUGGCCGUUCAAGAGAAGCUGCCUCGAGCAUCCUACAGACCGGGAGCGACCGUGCUGGGUCUGGUUCGAUGGUUGCACAACAUCGCACCGGCCGAGCUAGCUGACGAAGUCAUGGACGCGGCCCGCAGGAUAUCGACACUCGUAAAGAGAAAGUAGCAGGCGUUCUUGGCACGAGCGUGGCUUGAUGGUGGCUUGAGGAGUUGAUCAUUGCUCAACCUGAAACCUCAAGGCCAAAACUACUAAGAGUGCCAUCGAUAAUAAACCCAUGCUAACCUCUUAAACAUGUUUAUGUAAGCCUCUGUAAACCUUCCUAGAGGUGUGUAAUGUAUUAAAGCUGAAGUUUACUUUCCCGAGUUUGGUGUGGCUGCUGGCUGUUGGGUCGGUCGCUAUCUCGGAGG